GCAGCACUGCCACCGCGCUCGUUUUCCAGCACUGGACGCACUGAAUCAAAAAAAGAAAAACGCAAGCAAGCGUUGAAUUUACUGAAUCGCCGUCUCGAAUCAACAUAAGCUCAUAGCUGUUAGACGGAAUUGGCGAAAAAUAAAAUAAACGCCAAAAGUCUCGGAAUUCAUUGGACUUCAUUUAACUUCAUUAAAAAAAUCAUCAUGUCGCAUACAAUCCUACUGGUUCAGCCGGGUGCUCGUCCGGAGACCCGCACCUACUGCGACUACGAGAGCGUGAACGAGUGCAUGGAGGGCGUCUGCAAGAUCUACGAGGAGCAUUUGAAGCGCCGCAAUCCGAACACCCCGACCAUCACUUACGACAUCAGCCAGCUGUUCGACUUCAUCGACACACUGAUGGACAUCAGCUGCAUGGUGUACCAGAAGAGCACCAACACUUACGCCCCUUACAACAAGGACUGGAUCAAGGAGAAGAUCUAUGUGCUGCUCCGCCAGGCGGCCUUCAGUCCCAAUGCCUAAGAAUACCAAAUACGCUGACGUUAAACUGAGGAGAUGUGUCAACUAACUUGGACACCACAACUCCACGACACCACGACACCAGAACACCAGAACACACGUGAAACUGAAUGGGGGAACACUGCUGCUUACAAUACCCACAUUACAAAAACUGCGGUUAGCUAAAAACAAUGCAAACACAAAGAGAACGAGAAACUGUUUAACUUAGAAAUGGAGAACUUACUUUAAAGUUUUAACCUGCUAAUAUAAUGUAUAUACACCCAA